GUUGUCAGGAAGAACUCUUGUUUUUACCACUUCAAAAUCGAAUCAGAUUACGUGUUUCUUCCUCCUUCGCCAACAGUCGUCUUCGUCCCUUCUUUUACUUUUAUUCCACCAUUCAUGAAUCAUUAGGUUGUCAAAAGCUUCGAUCUUUAGUAGCGCUAUCCGUCAAAUUCGCAGCUGAUUUCAGCCACGAAACCCUCUAUUUCUUUCUGGGUUUCCUUCGUACAAUCUUCUGUGUAGUUGCAGCUGAUCGGAUUUCGGGAUGUGUUUGUUCCAUCGAGUUUUGAAUUCGAAAUCGCCCAAUUGGGUCUGAUCGCCUUUUCGACGUUUUCUGUGGAAAAAAGCUGAAGAAGCUUCGUUGGCAAGUAGAAUCUUUCCCUUUAAUCUCUUUCUAUGCUCCUUCUUAAUGGGUUAUAUGCUUUGCCCCCCACUGUGUUUGCUUUAAAGCAUGUGACUUUGAGUAGCUUUGCUUGAGAAAAGAUCUGCUUUUCCUGCUGCAAGAAUGCAUUCGUCUUGUGAUGGGAACGAAAAAGCCGAGAUUCAGGAACCCGUUGAUGGAAAAGCUAGGGUUUCAUAUCCUCUCGAUGUUUCGACAUCUCGAAGGACUCUGAUUAGUGAUGGAAACCCUAGGAGAUGGUCUGCUGGUUCGUUGCCUGAUGUUUCUAGUAGGAUUAAGCUUCUGAAAUUCGGUUCACCGUCUGCUAAGUUCAAGAGAAUUGCAGAGCAGAGGGAUGAGGUUUCACGUUCAGUGACCUGCUCAAGUAGCCACAACUUCAGGGAAAGAAUCAGUGGCGUGUUUUCCCGAAAAAUCGAGUGGGUUUCCUUGAUGAAGAUGUGCAAGCAAUGGCUUAGGAACCCAAUUAACAUUGCCCUUUUCAUAUGGAUCUUGGUGGUUGCUGUGUCUGGUGCCAUUCUGUUCAUGGUCAUGACCGGUAUGUUGAAUCGGGCUUUGCCCAAGAAAUCUCAGAGAGAUACUUGGUUCGAAGUUAACAACCAAAUCCUCAACGCAUUGUUCACUCUGAUGUGUUUGUACCAGCACCCGAAGAGAUUCUACCACCUCGUACUUCUGUGUAGGUGGAAACCCGAUGAUGUUUCAAGACUUAGGAAGAUAUACUGCAAGAACGGAACUUACAAACCGAACGAAUGGGCGCAUAUGAUGGUUGUUGUCAUUUUACUUCAUGUGAACUGUUUUGCUCAGUACGCGCUCUGUGGUCUUAACUUGGGUUAUAGAAGAUCCCAGAGGCCUGCCAUAGGAGUAGCCGUUUGUAUCUCCACUGCCAUAGCCGCUCCUGCAGUUGCAGGUUUGUACACUAUCCUUAGUCCGCUCGGGAAGGAAUAUGAUUCGCAUGUAGAUGAGGAAAACCAAGUCCAGAGCACAGAAGUCUCGGUUAACCUCAGGUUAAAAUCUCUCGAGAGGAGAUAUUCGUUUGCUUCUACCGAUGAUGAGAGAGCUCCUGUGAGUAAUCCUCGGUGGAAUGGUGGAAUUCUUGACAUAUGGGAAGAUAUUUCCUUGGCUUAUCUCUCUCUUUUCUGCACCUGUUGUGUCUUUGGUUGGAACAUGGAGAGGCUCGGGUUUGGCAACAUGUACGUUCACAUCGCGACGUUUAUCCUCUUCUGUAGCGCCCCUUUCUUUAUAUUCAUAUUGGCUGCAGUUAAUAUCGACAACGAGAUGGUGAGGGAGGCACUAGGGUUUACUGGAAUACUUCUGUGUUUGUUCGGUUUGCUCUAUGGUGGAUUUUGGAGAACCCAGAUGAGGAAAAGGUUCAAGUUACCGAGUUACAACUUCUGUUUCGGUAAAUCCACAUUGUCUGAUUGUACACUCUGGUUCUGCUGUUGCUGGUGCUCUCUUGCCCAGGAAGUUCGAACGGCUAAUUCCUACGAGGUAGUGGAAGAUAAAUUUUGCCAAAGACGUGGACAGAACGGUAAUUUGCCUCCAGUAUCCCCUUUGCCUCGUGAAGACGGAGUGUUUGAUCCUAGGAACAUUACCACGGCUAGCAUCUCUAUUCCCCCGAGGAACAUUACCACGGCUAGCUCUCCCAGCCCGAGCAGGUUUUGGAGAGAAUCUCAAAGCCCGAAUGCUCAGAUCUCGACGAUAAAGGGAGAUUCUCUUGAGAAAGGUGGAAAGGACGGGGCUCUGACUCCGCCUUCUCCCCUGUGCAUACACAGAGAAAGCUAGUAAGACCCGGAAAAUCAUAUGAACACUCUUUUUCAUCUGGCGGGUAUGGAUUCGUUGAAAUGGAAACCUUGGAUCUUGAUACAAUCUUGUUUCUGAGUUUUUCUUUUUGGAUUUCAAACGCCUUAUUUCACUCAACAUGGCUUCUUUUCUGGUUUUUGUGAAUUCAGUUUCUCGUGUGAGUUGAGUUACCAUUUAUGUCUCCCUUCUUUAAUAUGUACAUUCUCGGAUACCAGUGUUCAAACUUGUCUGAACAUCAUCAUCAUCAUCAUCAUCAUCUACAUUGUUGGAAAGAGGGAAGAAAAUGGGUGAUGAUGUUAUGGUACAAAAUGGGUCAGUGUCGUUGGGCUGAAGCAGACAUGUAGAAGAAGAAGAAGAAGAAGAAGCAGAGAUCGUUUGGUUCUUGAGUAAUCUUCUUCUGCUAAACAUGUCUGCUGUCUUCUUGUUCUUGUUCCCAUGCCCCUCUCUCUCUCUCUCUCUCUCUCUCUCUCUCUCUGGGUUUGGUCAUUGCAGCUUCUUAAGCAUCUCAGGUUCUUCUU